AUGGCUGUUAUAUACGCAAAAGUGUUGGAAGAGCUUAUGAAUUCUCUUAAUUUCACCGUGAAGAUUGUCUCCCAAAAAAUGGAACACGGUAUGCGGAAUCGACAAACUCUCAUUUGGUCUGGAGUGAUGGGAGAGAUCGUAUAUGAUCGCGCAGAUUUCGCAAUCGCCGACAUGUCGAUGACGAGUUUUCGAAUUUGCUUUGUCGAUUUCACGCAUACCUUGAUCAUAUCUAGAAUCAAUCUGUACAUCAAGGAACAGGAAUUAUGUGGCGUCAAAUGGAUCGGCUACUUUCAGACUUUCAGUUCGCGUACGUGGGUUACAAUUAUCAUGCUAAUAGCAGCCGCACCGAUACUCUUAUUCUUCAUGAAAACGUACCGCGAUCAAUCACGAAGCGCCGCGGAUCUGAUCUCUGAGAAUUUCAUCUGCAUUUGGGGUAUCUUUUGCCAGCAGGCACUAACAGAUUUUCCGAAAAGCUCAUCACUGCGUAUCGCGUAUUUCACGAUAAUUUUGACGGCUGUGCUGAUAAUGGCUCACUAUUCAGCAGCAUUAAUUUGCUUUAUGACGGCAUGUACUUACAUUUUACCUUUUCAAACGCUAGACGAAUUCGCUGAUGAUGGUACCUAUAAAUUAAUCAUGUUACGCGAUACUGCCGAUUACGAUAUAGUCACGGUAUGUAAUGAAAGAAACGUUGCUUUUAUGGUGAUGAGUGUUCAAAAGAAGAGCGUAGAAAAGAAGAUACCUUGUAAGUUAUCGAGCAUUACUUCCGAGAGGAUAAACAAUUUAGCAAUGGUUCUCUCCAAGGAUAAUCCAUACACAGGCGUGAUAAAUUAUUAUUUGCAGAAAUUUUUAGACAACGGUAUGAUAAUGCGUCUGAGGCAGACAUAUUCAUCGCAAUUGGGCGAAGAUAAGAUCAAGCCAGUUCAUUUGUUUAACAUCAUCCCAAUUUUGGCGAUUCUUUGUGGAGAUUUAAAGACAACGACAUUGGUGCAUACAUUGUUGCGCGAACUUUCACGGCAGGGAGUUAUGACCGUGACCAUAACUUUUUCGGAGCUGACGAGCAAAUACAAUGAAUAUCAGAAGAACAUGAGGAUGCCCUUAAUCGUCGUUUUCCUUGAUACCGAGGAGACCAUGGAUGAAUUUGCCAAGACCACUAAGGGCAUAAAACCCAUCUCCUUUCCCAUUUGGUUGAUUGUAUUUCUUCAGCAUUUUGGAAAUCCCCUCAAAAAGUACUGCACGCAUCCUGCCAAUAAUAUAUUCAAUGUAGACUUCAGCACCCAGAUGCUGGUCCUGUGCUACAAUCGCUCGACCCUAGUCGAGUGGUAUGCCAUUCGUGAUAAUUAUAUUAGAACGUUUGAUUUGGCUACGUGGUCUCCUGAUACAGGUCUGAUUCUGAGAACGCAAGAAAACAUCUACACCAGGAGGAGCAACAUGUUUGGUGAUGUUGUACGCGUAGCAAUUGUGGAAAAAUCGCCAUUGGUCUCACUGGAGAACGGUACGAUGAGCGGAUUUUUUGGUUUGCUGCUGAUAGAGCUCAGCAAAGUGAUGAACUUCACGAUAAAGCUUCUGGAUCCAGUGGACUCAUUCGGUAGCUGGAACCAGAAGAAGAAUGCUUGGACAGGUGCGAUCGGCAAGUUGGUAGAUAAUGAAGCUGAUAUCGGCAUAGCCGCAUUCACAGUAACAAACGAUAGACUUAGAGACAUCGAUUUUACGAUACCAUUGAUACGCACGGAAUACCGCCUCUAUUUGCAGCAACCUAUCACGCCCUACGUGCAGUGGUUCUGGUACUUCAAGGUGUUUAGUCCCGGAGUUUGGAGUACAUUAAUGAUGAUAAUAAUAAUUUCUUCUAUUAUCUUGACUAUUAUUAAGACAAAAGGAUUCUCGAUAAGCAUAAUGUCCGAUAAUUAUAUUAAAGUUUGGGGUAUUUAUUGCCAGCAAGGUUUGCCGGUAAUAAUUCUGUCCACCUAUUUCGCUUCACUGAUCAGUUAUUUGGCACGUAAUACGGCUAAACUGCCUUUUUCCACCCUGGAGGGAUAUGUUGAAGACGGAACUUACAAAUUAAUUGUUCUACAAAACAGCGCCGAAUACGACAUUCCUCAUUAUACCAAGGAUCCCUUAUUACUGAAAAUGUACGAAUUUCGGGAGGAUACUGAGUAUUUACCGACUACAUUGGUUGAGGGAUUUAAGAAAAUCUGUGAGCGGAUGGACUUGGCGUUUUAUACGACGGAGGUAUUCAAAGAGUAUAUGAGCAUUUGUAUACAGUGUGAGCUCGUAUACAUUCAUACUGGAAGAAUCGAUAAUAAUGCGAUAACUCUAACGAAAGGAAGUCCUUACACCCGCUUCUUAAAUUACCAUUUGAGGCGAUUUCAAGAUAAUGGCAUUCUAAACAAGUUACAGAACAAGUAUCCCUCAAAAAUUCCGAUGAAAGGAAUUAUUGGUAACUUUACGGUCGAUAUAACCGAUGUAACACCGAUUUUAACAAUUGUAAUAUGCAGUAUAGCCUUGUCAUUACUUGUCUUGAUAAUUGAGAAAAUGUAUUAUUCGUUUAAAACUCUACCACGGAAUAAUAAAUCCGUUAAAAAAUUCACUUACAAUCUUAACGUGAGGAGUAAAUUGCAAAAAGAAUACAAAAAGAAUCUAAGACUUCAAGGAUUUUAUAACAAAUCGAUUGACUAUUGGUAA